AUGAAGUUCUCGCCGCUCGUCGCGCUCGCAGCCGGCGCCGCCACUCUCCUCCCCGGAGCGGCGGCCUUCCCCUUCCUCUCCAACGCCGACAGCAACAUGAUCAACCAGCUCGUCAAGGUGUUCACCGGCCAGCAGCCCGACCAGCUCAACGGCCUUGUGGCCGAGCUCAAGAAGGGCCUCGACGCCAUCGGCGACUUCCAGCCCGCGCCAGGCAAGGGCAUCCUCGGCCUCAACUUUGCCAACCUCAACGAGCAGAGCGUCAUCGACGCGUUCGGCCUCAACACUGACCCCGCCGCGCUCCACAACAACACGCAGAAGCGCGCCAACUUUAUCGGCCUCGGCGUCGGCGAGGACGAGGCCCACCCCUGGAUCGCGCCCGGCCCCAACGACAAGCGCGGCCCCUGCCCCGGCCUCAACACGAUCGCCAACCACGGCUACAUCCCGCGCAACGGUAUCGUGAACCCCAUCGAGCUCGUCGUCGGCACCUUCCAGGGCCUCCACCUGUCGCCCGACGGCGCCAUCUUCCUCGCCCUCAUCUCGUUCAUCUGGAAGGGUGACCUCCCCACCCUGACCCUCUCUAUCGGCGGCCAGUCGGGCAUCGGCGGCGGUCUUUCUUCUCACGGUCUCCUCGAGGGCGACGCCUCGGUCACCCGCGACGACGCCUACUUUGGCAACCAGUGGUCGGUCCAGCCCCGCAAGGUCCAGCAGUACGUCGACGAGAUCAACCGCGUCGGUGGUGGCCAGGUCACGGCCCAGGUCGUCGCCAACAUGCGCCAGAUCGCCUGGAAGGAGUCGCGCGACACCAACCCCAACUUUGACUUCAACCCCUGGCGCAUGCUCGUCGCCUACGCCGAGUCGGGCUUCCAGCACCAGGUCCUCCGCGGCAACCUCAAGAACUACGGCCCCGCCGAGAUCCAGUCGUGGUUCCUCCAGGAGCGCUUCCCUCCCGGAUGGAGCCCGCGUCUCAUUCCCUUCUCCAUCCCCGAGGCGCUCGCCUGGGCCGCCGUCUUCGAGGCGCUUAACCCCUCGCUCCCCGGCUGGUCGCUCGGCAUCAAGGGUCUCUUCAUCCCCCUCCCCACCUUUGGCGGUCUCUCCAACUUCUUCGGCGGCAUCGUCGGCAACGGCAAGACUGGCGGCAACCCCCUCGGCACCGUCGGCGCUGUCGGCUGUGCCUUCGCCGGCGCCGUCACUGGCUGGUUCCCCACCCAGUUCGCCGGCCUCCUCGGCAACCUCAACAUUGGUGGCAUCCCCGGUGCCCUCAAGUGCUAA